CGAUGCUUGCGAAGGGCUUUUGCCGCAUCGUGGUGAUGGCGUUUCAAGCGGCCAUGCCCUUUGUCUAUGCAAGAAAAAAACUGUGUACGUGUAAGUCUGUGAUGCAGAAAAUGCAAAACAGUUACACUUGUCAUGCUGGAUAUGCAUCAGAAGCUCUUUUCGUACGUGUUCUCACGUACUAGCCGCGCACGACAGGCUCUCUCUGUCAUGCAGAGCAAAUUUGUGAUGCUAUUCCUCCAAGAAAGUUACACUAACACAGUUUUUUUCUUGGAUAUUGUCAGCACGGCGGCGACUACGGCGGGGAACGCGAUGCUGGGGGAAGCCAACAUGAAGAUGAUUACGAGCGCUGCGUCCACGGUGAUGCCGUGGCUGAUCUCGAAUUUCCUGUACGAGGCAACCCCGAUCCACAACGCGUUGAAAAUGCUCGUUGACAAGCUGCUCGCGGACGAAACCAUCAAGGGCAUUUUUGACGCGGUCGCAGAAGUGAUGGAGAAGCUGAAGGGCAUUGGCGCGUUUUCCUUGUUCACGGACGCGUUAGAACAGGCUUGGAACUCGAUUAAGUCGAAGUUGACCGGGGCAGAUUUGCCGAGCGAAGAGGUGACAAAUGAGGUUGAGAAGGAACACGAAAAUGCGCUGAGUGCCCUGAUAUGAAGUGCAAAAGUAUCGUACUAGUAGUAGUAGAAACAAAUAGCAUGACAAGUUUUCAUCUGAACGUGAGCAGACAUGAGUUUGGUAUACGCGGAUUUACCUCAUUCAACAAGAAGGAGAUCGAGAUUAAGAUUUGCAUUUGUAAUGCAUGAUUUCGAUUGAGUACGUGUACGACGAGUGCGAUACUUUUGCCAUGCAUACCUGACCUUUACCAAAGCCGACCUAAUCGAGGAGGAGCUCGCGACCGAGUGCCCCACUGGCUACGAGCCGCUGGCCGAUUCCGACGAGUGCGUGGCGGCGAUGCGACUGCUCUACCCCCCGGAUCUGACGCUCGCGGAAUCGGAGCGCAAACCGUGGAACCAAGCGGGUUUGAGCAAGGCGGAGAAAAUUGCCGUCAUCAGCGAGAGAAACGUGCCGCUGGGGUGCUUGAAAAUAUGAGAGCGCAAAACUCCCCCUCCCCAUCAUUUGUAUAGCAUGAACAGCAACCAAUUGCAAUGCAAACACCACCACACGUGGAGCCUAUGCAUGACAAAUUUGUGUGCCAAAUGUUGUAGUACUCCUGUUUGGGCUUCCGGGAUUUGUCAUGCAAACAGUGCCACAAGGAAGCGACUGGAUUUGGGGCUUUGCAUGACAAAUGAGGGCGAGGGGGAGUUGUGCACUUUCAUAGAAAAAGUGGGACAUGGUGAAGCGUGAGUACACGCUGGAGUACAAUCGGGAGGAGGAGGAUGAUAUCCAUCCUGUGCAAAAGUAUCGUACUCGUAUAAAUGCCAGACUAGCAUGACAAAUCUGGUUUCUUAGGUAAUUGAGCAUGACAAAUUCAAUUUUUCAUGCUGAGGAAAUUUGUAAUCCAUUUAUAGAGUAGGGUACGAUACUUUUGCAGUUCAUAGAUGACGUUGCCGCGGGAAGGCAUUUGCAGAAAGUGAAUCUGAUUUGUGUCAAGGUUUAAAGAUCAUAACGUUCGUGUUUAAGAAGCAUUAUUUUCUUUCACUCAGGAACGAGAAGUACUGCUACAUGUACAUUCACAUUCAAGAAGUGGGGUUUGUUUCCUAGUUUUCAUAAAUUUUUUUGCAUCCUUUGAGUUGAUAAAGUUAUUUGCGUUUCGCUUUCGGAUUUUUUUUUUGAUCACUUCGUCGUACUACCUAAAAUAUGAACAGCUUGCUACCUACAUGACUUUCAGUUUCAACAUUAUACCACAUUUUUGUAUUGUUCAUUCAUCACUUAUUUUCGAGGCUUUCCUGUUUAGCAAGAAUUAGAAUUACACCGCAUCUUCGUACGUUUUCAAAAUUUUCUGUUGUAACAGUUGCAGUUGGGUUUUCUUUUU